ACAGAUCCGGACACCUCCUCUGAACCUGGGCCUGAAACAAUGUCUGCCACCGAGAAAACCAUAAAGGACACUUGAUCACCCAAUCCUUGGAAUUAUUUCCAGGAAACACUUGCAGAAACCAUUCGGAGCACCCUUUCCCUGGCAGUGCACAGAAGAUCGGCUAGGAGAUGAGCGCAUCUUUGAAUUAUAAGUCUUUUUCCAAAGAGCAGCAGACCAUGGAUAACUUGGAGAAGCAACUCAUCUGUCCUAUCUGCUUAGAGAUGUUCACAAAACCCGUGGUUAUUCUCCCCUGUCAGCAUAACCUGUGUAGGAAAUGUGCCAGUGAUAUUUUCCAGGCCUCUAACCCGUAUUUGCCCACAAGAGGGGGUACCACUGUGGCAUCAGGGGGCCGGUUUCGCUGCCCAUCCUGUAGACACGAAGUGGUUCUGGACAGACAUGGGAUAUAUGGCCUUCAGAGGAACCUACUGGUGGAAAAUAUCAUUGACAUCUACAAGCAGGAGUCCACCAGACCAGAAAAGAAGUCUGACCAGCCCAUGUGCGAGGAGCAUGAAGAGGAACGCAUCAACAUCUACUGUCUGAACUGUGAAGUGCCCACCUGCUCUCUGUGCAAGGUCUUUGGGGCACACAAGGAUUGCCAGGUGGCACCCCUAACUCACGUGUUCCAGAGGCAGAAGUCUGAGCUCAGUGAUGGCAUCGCUGUCCUUGUGGGAAGCAAUGAUCGAGUCCAGGGAGUGAUCAGCCAGCUGGAGGACACCUGUAAAACUAUUGAGGAAUGCUGCAGAAAACAGAAACAGGAACUUUGUGAGAAGUUUGAUUACCUGUAUGGCAUUCUGGAGGAAAGGAAAAAUGAGAUGACCCAAGUCAUUACCCGAACCCAAGAGGAGAAAUUGGAACAUGUCCGCGCUCUGAUCAAAAAGUAUUCUGAUCAUUUGGAAAACGUGUCAAAGUUGGUUGAAUCUGGAAUCCAGUUCAUGGAUGAGCCAGAAAUGGCAGUGUUUCUGCAGAAUGCCAAAACCCUGUUACAAAAAAUUUCUGAAGCAUCGAAGGCAUUUCAGAUGGAGAAAAUAGAACAUGGUUAUGAGAACAUGAACCAUUUCACAGUCAACCUCAAUAGAGAAGAAAAAAUCAUCCGCGAAAUUGAUUUUUACAGAGAAGAUGAAGAUGAAGAAGAGGGAGAAGAAGGAGAAGGAGAAGGAGGGGAAGCAGACGGGGAGGAGGUAGAAAACGUUCGAACAGAGUCGUCAGGAGAAGAUGAAAGCCCGGAGAAAGCCUUGGAGCCCUCUCAGCUGGCCUCCGAGCUCCAGGCUGCCCCAGGGGCACUUCCGGUUUCCUCUCCAGAGCCACCUCCAGCCCUGCCUCCCGCUGCAGAUGCCCCAGUGACACAGGGGGAGGUUGUGCCCACUGGCUCUCAGCAGACCACAGAGUCUGAAACUCCAGUCCCUGCAGCAACGGACACUGCGGAUCCCUUGUUUUACCCUAGUUGGUAUAAAGGCCAAACCCGGAAAGCCACCACCAACCCACCUCCCACCCCAGGGAGCGAAGGUCGGGGACACAUAGGGCCUCCUGGUUCUGAGGAUUCGAAUGUGCAGAAGGCAGAAGUGGCAGAAGCUGCAGCCAGUGAGAGCGCAGCAGUGAGUGGUAAGGAAACUAGUUCACCUGCAGCUACUUCUCAGAUUGGAUUUGAGGACCCUCCCCUCCAGGUACAGGCCGCAGCUUCAGGGAGUGGGAAUGGAGCUGAUUCUGAGCCAGCUCGUCAUGUCUUCUCCUUUUCCUGGUUGAACUCCCUGAAUGAAUGAUGUUCAUUCCAGCUGCUGCCCUCUGUCUGCCUGGCUGAGACGCACACCAGCAGCAGGGAACCUAGAUGAAAUUAAUAUGAUGCAGGUGAUGAAAGGGACCUCUGAACAGAACUUCUGCAACAACAACAAAAAACCCUUUAAUUCCAGAUGACUUUCCAGAGGGAAAACAAUUCUGAGAAAAUAGUUGCCGAAAGGAUUGGAAAAGAGAAACUUGAUCUUAUGCAAAUCUUUUAUUGUGUGGGAAACCUUAUGAAGAGUAUGUAGGUGUGAUACGUGUGUGUGCAUCUGUAACAAAUGGCAAGUGUUGAAAAAGUGUGCACUACACUCUUGUCUCUAAUAGGCACUGGCUUUUGUUAUAAUAUCAUAGUAGCUCUUACUCUCUUUCUUCUUCAACAAUGCAGUUGGUCAGUGAAAUUCAGUGUUAAUUCAGAAGUGACUGAUUUAUCAGUAUAUGGACAAAAGGUAAAUCACUGACCAAAGAUAUGAAACAUUUUACAAAGAUUUACUCUUUUCCAUAACAGGUGUCACUGGAUGUAUAUCCAGAAAUGUUCCUUAACUCUGGUGACACUUUCAUAGUCCAGCUGAAGGCCUAGGACAUUUCUGGUGACAUUUUUCUAAUCUUAGAUGUGCAGAUAUCAAGCACUUAAAUUGAAAAAGAAUUUCCUACAGGAACUGUCUACUUUCUUAUGUAUUUACUGAGGCACCAACCUGGUGAACUGUAGAAUAACUGCAUGUAUUUAAAUAUACAUAUACACAAAAUACACAUUUAAAAUACAUACAUAUAUUUAAAUCAUGCUUUAUUUGUCCCACCAUAAUGCCUCUUUCAAAACAUAAGUAUUACUUUAUUCUGUAUGAACUCUUAAAUAAAUGCUGUUUUUAACAACUUAGUCUUAUAAUGACUUAUUCGGUGUUUCAUGUGAUCUUAUUAAUACAUUAGUUAAGUGU